CUCUGGCCUAUAGAUGAUGAUUGGUACAAGGGUUCCAUCACGGAGUACAAUUCAGACACCAAGCAUCAUAGAAAAUGAAGGAUUUAUAUUGGAAAUGUGGUGUCCCCAACUUAGAGAAGAAAGGCCUCAAUUACAAUGAAUUGCUGGCUUUAGCACUUAACUUUCAUGAUUGUCAAGGUCUUGAACCAGGUGAACUUGUAUGGGCAAAACUUACAGGGCAUGCUAUGUGGCCAGCAGUUGUUGUUAGUGAAUCAAAUUUUGGUCCUAAGAAUGCUUUGAAGCCCUCCCGGACAAAUGAAUCUAUCCUUGUACAGUUUUUUGGGACUCAUGAUUUUGCAAGGAUCAAGUUGAAACAGGCUAUUCCGUUUCUCAAUGGCCUCUUUUCCUCUUUGCAUCUGAAGUGCAAGAAGGCAAGAUUUUGUCGAAGCUUGGAUGAAGCAAAAAAUGUAUGUGCUUUCUUUGAUAUGUGA